AGAUGUCGAUUUCUUAUUUUGUUAAACGAAUUACUUUAACUGAAGGAAACUCGUGAAUCUGUCGGGACGGCACAGUGUUAAUGUAAUAACACAUAUUAAAUAACGGAAGAAAAAUUCCGUGGAGGGUGUUACGGAAAUGUGGCGCCAAAGCGGCGCGGCGUCGCCUUCAAAAUCGGGCGCAGGCGCGCGUAUGGGGGAGCGUUGGAUUGUAAACAAAACCGGAGGCGACCGCGUGGUUCGGAUCAGUGAGCCGACGACUCUCACAGUCGUAGGAGUCAGUGAAACUAUUUUCCCCCCCUAUUCUUCCUCCCAUCAUCGAGCUCGAUCGGACGUAUCGCAGGUUCGCAUCGUUAAUUCUCCGGCAAUCGAUCACCCUGCGACGAGAAGAACUGCUGUCGAGCUAUCGACAGGAACGGCGAUUCCGAUCGGGGGACAGUGAUCGAGGUCCUAGAAGAAUUUCGAAUUAAAAUUCCAUCGACAGUCGAUCCAUCCUGUCCGCGCGCACUUCGAGUCCGCGAAAGAAGGAUUAAAACUAUCACGCACCAAAACGAAAAUCAAACGAAAAAUCUCUAAACGGAGGAAGUGCUGGGCGAUCUCCAAAGUGCUGUUCAAGUAUCACGAUCGGUUAGAGAAAGAUGCAACCGCGUUUGUAACUGGAAAAAGUCUCCAAGAAGAAGACUGGUUUUUUAGUUGGGUUUCACUCGGAUCGCUGGAGGAGCAACUGGAUCGGUUUCCCCGGCUGUGACCUGCUGCUUGUGUCAGCGAGCUUGGAAAUUGAAAAGGGCCCCGGGACUGCAGGUAGCCUCAGAGAAGGGUCCAGGCCCAACGUUGUCAAGUUUCCUGGGAAACUCGACACUGCGCAGUCAAGUCUGUGGAGAGCAACAGCGCGCGAGAAAAAGAGUGAGAGAGGGAGAGAGAGAAAGGGAGAGUGAACGAUGCGAUAAUAAAGUACCAAAGGUACAUUGAUAACUGGGAGCCGUCGAGUGUCACUACGGCAAUCGGUUUGACUUUGGAACGAUAACUAUGCCCUCUAAUCGGAAAAUCGGUGGUCAGAUCUGCUCGCCGGUUUUCACGUAGGAAAGACAAAACACUGUCGGACACAAAUUUACAAACGAUUACGAGCAACGGUGAUCGAUCUUUGUAAAUGUUGAGAUUUCUGCAUCACUGCGACGGUGAUCGAUUUUUAUAAAUAUUGAGAUCUCUGAAUCACUGCAUCGGCGAUCGACGAUAAUCUGAGCGCGUUAUCUGACGUUAUCCGGGGAUCUAUAGUAUCGAUCGAUUAUCGUCGAUCUGUUGGUUAUUGCGAGGCUCGUAAAAAAAUGUCGCUCACCUCGACGGAGGAGUGGAACGAGACCUUGUCGAUGUUGGGAUUGUACUCGACCACGACGGUGCCGAACAUCAUCUUGAACCCGCCAAAACGGCACGUGACUGUCGUCGCUCAAGUUGUGCUCACCCUUGUGUACAUAACCGGAGUGAUCGGCAACGUGUCGGCCCUCAUCAUUCUUUUCCAUCGUGAUAAGAGGAGAAACCCGAAGCACCUGUUGAUGCUGCGCUGUCUGGCAACGAACGAUCUGGUUGCUCUGUUGGGGAUGCUAGUGCAGAUGUACAUUACAAUAUACGUUGGCAGCGUGAUAUCCACCAGAGGGUUUUGCUCCCUUCGUGUUGUAUGGAGGCUAUUCGGUUUAUUCAGCGGUUGCGUAGCGAUCGUGAUGGCGGCGGAAAGGUGGCUGGCCUUGACGAGGCCCUUCGUCUAUCAAAAGCAGGUGACGUAUCCAAUGAUCGUACGUUGUAUGCUGGCACUUUGGUUGAUCGCCCUGGCCUUGACUAGCAUGCCGGUUUUGGGUUUCGGCUUGUACUAUAAGGGCGAGCGAUGCGUCCGAUACAGAGAAGCCACCGAACCGUCGGAUGUUGCGUACGCUUACGUUUGGUUCGUUUUCGGUACGGGUCUCUGUUUGUCCAUAGUCUGGUGUAAUUUGGCCGUUUCCAGAGCACUUAGCAGGUUGAGUCGGAAGGCCGGUGCUUUACGACGCGUAACAAGAUCCUCUUCAAGAGCGAAACCUUUAUUGACGAUAGCGGGUCCGCCUUCGGAAGUCGUGGCGACUGCCGAGGAAAGAGCGUUUGCGAGACUGAUGGCGGUGCUGUCGAUUUCGUUCGUUAUUUGUUGGAUGCCGCAAAUGAUCUCCAUACCAUUGGCACAGUUGGCGCUCCAGCUGCCCCAGAAGGCGAUAUUAGCGCGGAAAGCAAUUCACAUGUUCCACGUGGCCGCAGACGUGCUCCUUUGUAUUCACUUCACCCUGGAUCCAUACAUCUACGUGCUGCUGAGGAUGCCGAGGCCAAGAUUCCGUCUCCUGAAACCGCUUUGCAAGAUCUGUUGGCCAGAUAGAAGCCGAUCGAGUUCGUUCACAGGAGAUCCCACCUUAAUCGAAUCUGUUGGCUCGACAGGAACUACAGAUCAUCACGGGAGCAGCGGUGAUGUAUCGACACCGAUCACCGAGGCGCCUUCCACGCCUGUCAGCGAAAUGCACGAUCCACCCUUAGUGGCGGUGUCCGUUUGAGGCAGGUUUCUGCGAACGAUCUUCCGGAAACGAGUCGAGAGUGACAACGUUACCAACGUUUGAGCCACUCCUCGAAGACUUCGGAUCUUCGGAGGAUCUUCGCGUAAACCGAUGGAUCACGCAAUGAAACAUUGACUCGAUUCGUACGAUUGUCAAGAUUAAUUAAAAGCGUUCGAGAACUCGAUGAUCGCACUCGAACGCGGCGACGAGCACUUCACGGUUUCGAAUUUGGAGACUGUGUAGACAAAGGUGUUCGCGAUCAGCUCUGGAAUCUCUCUUUUUCUUUGGCGGAACUUUGAGAUCCCACGUUGAGUCGUCGAAGAACAAAUGUGUAUGUCGGAGAACGAUACCUCGCUGAUAUUUCGUGUACAAUUUACAUCGGGUUUUGUUUUCAUACUGCUUAGAAUUUCUGCGUUGUCAUGUUUUCUAUGUGUCGUGGAUGAUAGCGAUCCUUUGCCAACCGUGCGAGUGACGAUCAAUGGGAACAUAAAUGACUCAAAGGGAUUUAACAGCGAGGAUUAUCCCACGCCAUUUUUUUCGAGAGUUAUGAUUUUGGACCUCGGAUAUCUUAGCGUUAAGAUUAACCUAUUGCAUAGAUUCGACGGCUAUUAUUAACACGUUGAAUGCCACGGGGGUCACCGGUGACCGGCACUUAACUUGGCGGUGACGCCGUGGGGGC